AUGCGAACCGAGAUAUCUUUAUCAGCAUGGCUUCAGAAAGGAGAGGAUUGUUUCGCACAUGAUGCUGCAUCUAUGUUCCUGGAUCUAUCGAGAGAACUUUCAAAAAAGAAUCCUAUUGGAUCUUUCUCACCAGCUGUCUACGAUACGGCCUGGCUGGCUCGCAUUUCGACUAGGGAUGGUGAGCCUAGGUGGCUAUUUCCGCAAUGCUUCCAGUAUCUCUUGAAGACGCAAGAUGAAUCAGGUGGUUGGCUGAUUGCAGGCUCGGAGACAAAUAAUAUAUUGAACACAAUGGCUGCAAUUAUGGCUUUGAGAGAUCACGAGGUGCGCUCGGAUAUAUCGCCUUGCCCAGUUGUACCAGACCUUUCAGCACGUAUCAUGAGGGCCAAAAAAUACCUCGAAAGGAUCCUUGGGGAGUGGGAUGUGUCAGCAACAACUCAAGUUGGCUUCGAAAUCUUAGUCCCAUCUAUGCUCGAGAGUCUGGAGAAAGCCGGUCUACCCCUGAAUUUUACAGGUCAGGAGAUUCUCAUGGCAAUGCAUCAACAGAAAAUGUCAUCUGUUCAACUGGAUGUGAUAUACACUAAUCACAAAACAACUUUACUACAUUCUCUUGAAGCCUUCGUCGGGAAAAUUGAUUUUAGCCGUGUAUCUCAUCAUAUCGACGAGCAUGGGUCAAUGAUGGCAUCCCCGGCGGCUACCGCUGCCUACCUCAUGCAUUGCACAAACUGGGAUAAGGCGGCAGAGCAAUAUCUACGCCACGUUGUGAUGUAUGGUAGUGGCAAAGGAACAGGGGGGGUUCCAAGCGCAUUCCCAACAUCAAUAUUUGAAACAUCUUGGCACAAGAAAGCACAAGAAAGCACAAGUACGAUCCGCUCCUACUUGAAAUCUCAGCUGGAUUCCUGCCAAGGUAUUGUAGGAUGGGAUUCUAAUGUAUUGGCCGAUGCCGACGACACAGCCAAGACCAUUUUGGCUCUCCAUUUACUGGGCUCACUAGCUGAUCCAGCAGCGAUGAUCGAGCAAUUUCAAUUCAAUGGACAUUUCCAGACAUAUAAGCAUGAGCGAAAUCCUUCCCUAAGCGCCAAUUGCAACGUUCUUGAUGCACUUCUCCAUACUCCGAGUCCAGAAGAGUAUUUAAGCGAGAUCAAAGAACUAACUGCGUUCAUUUGCGAAAUGUAUUGUUCAGGACAAGUUCUCGAUAAAUGGAAUGCUUCAGAGUACUAUUCCACCAUGCUUAUUUCCCAGGUACUUGUGAAGCUAUUACAGGCCUGGGAUAAUGGUGCUUUGUCUAGUUUACCAGAAGACUUAACUUCCUAUCAGCUACCUGCCAUCUUGCUCCGGAUCGCUAUUCAUACUAUACAAGCGCAGCAUCCUGAUGGGUCGUGGCGCCUAGGGAACCCCGAAAACGCUUCUCCAUCACCUCAGAUCACUGCAUACGCAGUGCUAGCAUUGAAAACGCUCAUCGCUUUGCCUUGGCUAGCCAGAUUUCAGAUGAGAGUGCAAGAAGCCAUUGAUAGAGGAACGGCGUACAUUCGAACGAAUAUGAGCUCAAGGCUCGACCACGAGACUAUCUGGGUCGAGAAGGUCACCUAUGCACUACCUCCGGUUUCUCGAGCUUAUUGUGUAGCUGCUCUUUGCCCACUCAUAUCCUGUCAGUGGAAAGCCAGAGCUUUGGGAAUAGCUGAAACCAAUGUUCACAAGGUGGAAAAUCUAGCAAUGUUCUUUUCUCAAUUGCCGCUAUUCUCCGAGGACCAGAUAUGGGAGUUAGAAGCUGAUGUAACUUUGGGAUUCCUAUAUCAGCCUAAGCUGCGACGUGCCAGCUCUCGCAUUUUCCCCCAACGGAAUGACGUGACGUACUACAAAUACCUUGAAUACAUACCCUUCACAUGGAUUGCAACAAAUCGAAGAAACCAAUAUCCGCUGUCCAACAAUCAGCUUUGGGAGUUAAUGAUGAUUGCAGUUCUAGAUUAUCAGCUGGAUGAAUUUAUGGAAACUGUCUUCGAUGGCGACGAAUCAGCUGAGAACAUAGCGGCUAUUAGGAAGUUGGUAAAACAACUAUGUGACAUUGGUUUAGAUGAAUCAUCGCCUAAGAACAGUGGGGUGACGACGAGGACUCCAGGAGAAGAUGCUGAUGAGAGAGACUCCCAGGACAAUUACCGCGACGAAACUAAUAGGGGCAUCACCACAAAGAAAGGUGACCGUAGUGAAAUACUUGACUCGAUUACAUUGGAAACAAUCAAGUCAGUGUUAUACCAUUUCACUUCCUACAUAUGCCAGCAUGACGCCGUUGCCAUGGCACCUGACCAUAUUCAGAAAAAUGUGCGUAAUGAAUUGUCAAAGUGUAUUCUUGCACACAUAAACCAUGUGGAGGAUAAUUAUCACUUUGCGUCUGAGUUAUCACAGCCACACUGUGAAAAGUCUUUAUCAGCAACCAAAAUUCCCAAGUUUGAAUCCCCACGUGAAACUUAUCAUUCCUGGAUAAGCACGACGGGCGCUGACGACACACAUGCACCUUUCACAUUCCAAUUCUUCGUGUGUGUUGCAGCGUGCACAACAGGUGGCGCAUUUUUCCAAGGUGUACGCCAACACUAUCUAUCUAGUGCAGCUAGUAGGCACCUUGCGAAUCUUUGUCGCCAAUACAACGAUUAUGGUUCAGUAUCACGAGACCAAGCCGAGAAAAAUUUGAACAGUCUAAACUUCCCAGAGUUCCAUGAGGCUGGGAGGUACAAUCAAGAAAGGAAUGAGGCUACGAUGAAGAAUGACCUAUACUUUAUAGCACAGUAUGAGCGUCAAUGCCUCAAUCAUACGAUGCAGUCUCUGGGCGCGGAAAUGGUAUCUGGUCAUCGAGGUACUUGGAAGCUUCGGGCUCUGAAAGUUUUCGUAGAUACGGUGGACUUGUACGGGCAAAUGUACAUAGCAAGGGACGUUACUCCUCGUGUAAAGUAA